UGGGCUAGGAGUCCCGCACGCUGCGCCUGCGUAGUCAAGCCUCUCUCCAGGCCAAGCCGAGCUGAGGGGCGGGUCUGGUUCCGGAUCGCCCUGUCCAGGCUCCGGGAUUCACAGGGAGGACUCACCUGGAGGAGGCGGGGAGUCUGCCCCACUAGCCCCGGUCUUCGUCCCCGCGGGCCGGGCCGGUGUUCCCAGAGGCCUCUGCGCGGACGGGCCGGACUCCAUUUCCCAGCGGCCCUCGCGGCGCGCGAGCGCUUUGUGUGGCCUCUGGGGAGGGAGCUUGACCUCCGACCCCGACGUCCGACCUCCGACCCGCUGAGCCUCACGUCGGGGGCCGGAGGAUUGCCCUUCUUCUAGAUAGGAGCCCAAACAAGGAAGACAGAAGAAGACAGCUGACACGUCUUAAAGCCAUGUCUGAGGAUUUCGUGACAUUUGGGGAUGUGGCUGUAGAUUUCUCUCAAGAGGAGUGGGAAUGGCUGACCCCUGUUCAGAGAAAUCUGUACAAGAAGGUAAUGUUGGAGAACUACAGGAGCCUGGUGUCACUGGCAGGAGUUUCGGUUUCUAAACCAGAUGUGAUCUCACUACUGGAACAAGGGAAAGAGCCCUGGAUGAUGAAGGAGGAGGCAAGAGGUAUAUGCCAUGAUUGGAAGUAUGCAUUUCAAAACAGUGACUUUUCAUCAAAGCAAACUGUUUGUGAAGAUUCACCCAAAGUAAUUACAAUAGGAAGAAGCCAUUCUAGUUAUAGACUUGACUUUCCUUACUUGAGAGAAGAAUAUAAAAGCAAGGACUGGUAUAAGAACCAGUUGGAAAAUCAGAAAGUCUAUUCUAAUGAAUUAAUCAGUAGUGACAGAGAAAUACUUGUUGAAGAACAAAGUAAUGACUGUACUGAAUCUUGUCCAACUUUAAAUCAGGAUUCAACAUUUGGUUUAAAACAGAGUUUUCCCACCAAAGAAAGAGUACAUAAAUGCAGACCAGAAAAGAGAAGUUACCAAAAAAAAUCUGUUGAAAUGAAACAUAAGAAAGCUUGUAUAGAGAAAAAACUGUUGAAAUGUAAUGAAUGUGAGAAAGUCUUCAACCAGAGCUCAUCUCUUACUCUUCAUCAGAGAAUCCACACUGGGGAGAAACCCUAUGCUUGUGUUGAAUGUGGGAAGACAUUCAGCCAGAGUGCAAAUCUAGCUCAACAUAAGCGAAUACAUACUGGAGAGAAACCCUAUAAAUGUAAAGAAUGUAGGAAAGCCUUCAGCCAGAAUGCACACCUUGCUCAACAUCAGCGGGUUCACACUGGAGAGAAACCUUAUCAGUGUAAAGAAUGCAAAAAAGCUUUCAGCCAGGUUGCACACCUGACCCAGCAUCAAAGAAUUCAUACCGGAGAGAGACCUUUUGAAUGUAUUGAGUGUGGUAAGGCUUUUAGUAAUGGGUCAUUCCUUGCUCAGCAUCAAAGAAUUCAUACAGGAGAGAAGCCUUAUGUAUGCAAUGUGUGCAUGAAAGCUUUUAGCCAUCGUGGAUAUCUAAUUGUACAUCAAAGAAUUCAUACUGGAGAGAGACCCUAUGAAUGUAAGGAAUGUAGGAAAACCUUCAGCCAGUAUGCACACCUCUCUCAGCAUCAGAGAGUUCACACUGGAGAAAAACCUUAUGAAUGUAAAGUAUGUAGAAAAGCCUUCAGCCAGAUUGCAUACCUUGAUCAACACCAGAGGGUUCAUACUGGAGAGAAACCCUAUGAAUGUACUGAAUGUGGGAAGGCCUUUAGCAAUAGUUCCUCGCUUGCACAACAUCAAAGAAGUCACACUGGAGAAAAACCUUAUAUGUGUAAGGAGUGUAGGAAAACAUUCAGCCAGAACGCAGGUCUUGCUCAGCAUCAGAGAAUUCAUACUGGAGAGAAACCUUAUGAAUGUAAUAUCUGUGGGAAAGCCUUUAGUUAUAGUGGGUCUCUUACUCUACAUCAAAGAAUUCAUACCGGAGAGAAACCCUAUGAAUGUAAGGAUUGUAGGAAAUCUUUCAGGCAACGUGCACACCUUGCUCAUCAUGAGAAAAUUCAUACUAUAGACUCAUUUGUGACUCUUCCCUCUCCCUCGCAUUCCAGUCAAUUUCCAAAACCUAUAGGUUUCAUCUCCUAAACAUGUAAACCCAGAAUCUAACUGCUUCAUCCAUAUUCAUUCCAUCAUUGUCUAAUACAUAAUGAUCUAUUCAACCUGGACUGUGAAAAUAAUUUUCCUAUUGUUCUUCUAAUUGCCAUUUAAUCUCAGUUAUCCACAUUGCACUCAAACUUUAUUUAAACACAUUUAUCAUUUUACCUUUUCCUCAGUUAGUAAGUAGCAUCUUGUUCUUAGGUUGAAGGACAUGUUUUAAAGGAACCAAAUGCUUGGUGUAUUUCAUCAAACUAAAGGGCUCUGGGGUGGGAGGAGUGUUUAGGUUCUGGAACAUGAUAGUGGAGGAGGUUGUAGGUGGGGGGUUACAGUAUUAUGCAGAACACAAAAAUGUUACACAUGUACCAAUUACUAUAUUCUGUCAGCUGUAAACCAUUGAUUUCCCCCAAAUGAAAAAAAAAUGCAUAAGACAUUCCUAGAAUCAAUACUGUGUUUCUAUCGAACUUUGAAAAUGCUAGCUCAUUUCAGUGCUCAUCUUAUUCCUAGAGUACUUACCCAAAAUUGUUGACUCACAUACCAGUAUCAAAUAAGCCUGUGUUCCAAUCCUUGCUCUUCCAUUUUUAGAGAAAUAUUUUAACUUUUGCUGAUUCCUUAUUUAUGCUUUGGGAAUAAUAAUGGUGCUACCUCAAAAGUUUAUGGGAGAAUUAAGUAUGAAAUAAUGCAUGUAAUGAUAAGAUCACGCACAGUGCCUAGCAUAAAAUAAUAAACAGUAAAGCAAAAAAAAAUACUAUGUACACAAAGAAUUCAUCUCAGUCAAGAUAAUAACAAGACUCUGUGUAAAGGUUUUUGAAUAAAGGCAACAGUCCUGAUGGUGAGUAAUGGGGCUGGGUGCAAAUAUACUUGUUACCAAGCUCCCAGUUUCCACCUGUAAGGAGGACUUCGUGAGUAGUAGAAAAUUGCUAUAGGUUUCUCUGUUUCUCACCUUCUUUCAAGGUGAUAGUGAGUGAAAUCAUUGUGCAAAUGACAAUACUGGUGGUAGAAAAUGUGGUUGACAAAGGGAUCUAAUAUAGUAGAAUAGAUGUCAGUAUGAUGAUAGAUAUGGUGUCUUCUGUGGCGCAGGAGGUAGCAGAGUGGAUAAAGCAUUAAAUUCUCAAGUAUGAGGUCCCGAGUUCAAUCCCUGGUAGAACAUAUACCAGAAUUAUGUCUGCUCUCUUUUUCUCCUACCCCUCUCAUAAAUUAAAAAAAAAAUUUUUUUUUAAGAUACGGUGUCUUAUUUCAGGAUGAGCUUAUAGAGAUUGACUUUUUGAUAAGAUACCAUUCAGCUGUUCUAAGAAACUAGGUUUUAAGAUUUAUUUAUUAAUUUUGGUAAAAGUUAACUGAGAAGUACUCAUUGUUUACAACCAGGUAAAACCAAUGCUGAUCUUAACAUAAAACUUGGACCAGUAAAAUAGUUCACUUGAAUACUGAGCUGCUUUGCCAUGUGUGUGACCCAGGCCUGAGCCUGGUCCCCAUGAUACUGAAAGAAACUUUGGAACUGUAGUCUCUUACUCUGUAUCUCUGCUUCGUUGUCUUUAUGUAAAGAGAGAAUAAAACUUGCUCAAUCAAUAAAAUA